GUCUUGUGGAUUCACAUUCACUAAAUUUAGCAUGUACAAGCAGAGAGAAGUGAUUAAUAAACCCAAAAAUAGCUCAAAACCCACCAAUCUCCAACUUGCGAAUCACAAAAUUAAAGCUAACUAUUUGUAAUAUGGUUAACUUCCGGAUAAGCUCAUAACCCCAAAAUGACAACCUCAUAUUUGAUGCCAUUGUUUUCACCUCAAUUCCAAACCUCUUUCUUGGUGGUGGUUUUUUGUUCUUUUUCGCUGCUGGCUGUGGCCAUUGAUGGUGACUCCACCGGCACGAAAAGUAAUCGUGGUAGCUGACCCGACUCCCCACUCAGCGGCAGCCCUCCAAUAUGCUCUUUCCCAUGCAUUGCUAGAGCAAGACGAGCUGAUUCUUUUUCAUGUUGACAACCCCAAUUCAUGGAAAAACACGUUCUCUACUUUCUUAAGGAGACCAAGUUUUUCUUCUGGUGCCACAACUCCUAAUUCUGUCCCUGAAGGAGCUUCCACUGACAUUGAUUUUCUUGACCAAAUGAAACGUGCAUGUGAGAUUGCUCAGCCUAAAAUCCCUGUACGUGUAGAAAAAACUGACAUGGAUGGGAGAGAUAAGGCUGCUGUAAUUCUUUCUAAGAGCAAAGCUCUAGGAAUUGAUCUUAUUAUCAUAGGGCAGAAGCGGAGUCUCUCUUCGGCAAUACUUGGAUAUAGGCGGCCUAGCGGGUCUAUGAGAGGAUCAAAACCGAUGGACACAGCAGAUUAUUUGAUUGAGAACAGCCCAUGCACCUGUGUUGGAGUGCAGAAAAAAGGACAAAAUGGUGGUUAUGUCCUCAACUCCAAGACCCAUAAAAAUUUCUGGCUCUUGGCAUAAAUUGGACUUGCAUAUAAUCAAGUAACAUUCAAUUGGUCAAAGUCUCAAUGGUCAGUUUGAUGAUCACCAGAGCUUGCUUUUAUCUUAAUUACAAAUUUGUCAUAUUUAGCUUACUUUUCAUUCAAUCCCUUCUUUUUCUUUCUCUUUAGUGAUGAAAUGUUCCAUCUGUAUGUUUUUCUUUAGUUUGAAAAUACAUAGAAAUUGUAAAUAUUUGGAAUUUGGAAAUGACUAGCUCUCUAGAGCCAUAUCCAAAAAAAGUGAGAUGCAGCUGAAACCAAAGCCUUCUUGUUUCUUGUUCCUUUACUUCUUUCGAGUUUCUUUUCUUCCAUUGUGA